GUUGAGGGGAGGAAGCUUGCAGGGCGCAGCGCAGCCAGGGGCCACUGGGGGCCUUUUGUUUGGCCCUGCCUCCUCCCCAUUUCCCUUUCUGCCAUGGAGGCACCCACAGCCCACCCCGGGGACAAAGUGGGGAGCAGCAUCCCGGAGACCACCGUGGUCCAGCCUGCUGGGAAUAGCACUCCCUCGCCAGCCUUCCCAGCUCCCCAGGACCCCUCUCCUCCUCCUCCUCCUCCUCCUGCAGCCCAAGGAGAGCAGCUGCGCCUCGGGGAGGAGGUCCAGUUCAGCGAGGAGCUGGAAGACCGAGGUUUACUAGAAAGCAGCACGAGAUUAAAACCUCAUGAAGCUCAAAGCUACAGAAAGAAGGCGCUGUGGGUUUCUUGGGCUUCCAUUGUUGUCACACUGGCACUGGCAGUUGCUGCCUUCACUGUCUCCGUAAUGAGGUACAGUGCUUCAUCAUUUGGAUUUGCUUUUGAUGCCACUUUGGAUGUGUUGUCAUCAGUGAUUGUCCUUUGGCGCUACAGCAAUGCAGCUGCCAUACAUUCUGCACACAGAGAAUACAUAGCCUGUGUCAUCUUGGGUGUGAUAUUUCUUCUGUCUGCUUUAUGUAUAGUGAUCAAAGCUAUCCAUGACCUUGCGACUAAGUUGCUUCCAGAAGUGGAUGACUUUCUUUAUAGUGUUUCCAUUUUAAGUGGGAUCUUGUGCACUACUUUGGCUGUGAUCAAAUUUAUGUUGGGAAAUGUGCUUACAAGCAGAGCAUUGUUAACUGAUGGUUUCAACUCUCUGGUAGGAGGAAUCAUGGGAUUCUCUAUCCUUCUAAGUGCAGAAGUCUUUAAACACAAUGCUUCUGUCUGGUACCUGGAUGGAAGUAUGGGAGUUCUAAUCGGACUUACAAUAUUUGCCUAUGGAGCCAAGCUUCUUGUGGACAUGGUCCCCCGGGUACGGCAAACACGUCACUAUGAAAUGUUUGAAUAAAGACAGAGCUCAGCUACAUGGACUGAAUAAAUUUUGCAAAAUUCGAUAAACAAAAUCCUACAUCCUGGCAAGUGGUGCCAAACAUAUGUACAAGAUUGUACGUUAUUUCUCAUGGUAUAUUUUCUUCUUCUUUUUUUUACAUUAUCUUUCAAGGGAAAGUCUUCUCUGUACAAAUAGACAAAUUAUGUGCACUGCGGCAGCCUUUUCCUUUUUUUUGUGUGUGCUAUUAAAAACCUGCAAGUGGCAAUAGAAGUGAAUGAGAGUUCACAGUUCUAAAUCAGCUGCUAUGUUUGUCUUCUGAAAUGGUCAGUUUUUAAAUUAAACUCAAGAACUGUCUAUAGAAAGGGGCCAAGCUCAGAAAGGAUGGCUGCAGUUGUUUCUCUCUGUGGCACCUUAGAAACUAACACAUAUCAUGUGGCUGGAGCCUCCAUAGGCAAAGGCUAUUUGUUCAGCUAGAGAAAAGUGAUGGCUUUUAGUUCCAUUGCCACUAAAGUUCUAGAAUGGCAACAUCACUGCCUCAUUGUCUUCUGCCCAGAGCUCAGUGGCAUGUUUAGAUUAUGUUUACCAACAGACAUUACUUGUUGCAUGAAAUUAUCCCCCCCCCCCCCGCCCCGGUCAGCAAAUGAUACUCCAGCCUCAAUAACAAAUUCCUCCAGUUACCUCACCCAAAUGUCAGUUCUGACUGAAACCAAGAACAUUGUUCUGAUUUCAUACUGUUUUAUAAAAUUUUCUGAAACACAGCAAGCACUACAUAGAGUACAUUAAGCUGUACGAACAAAAUAAGCACAAAGUGUUACAAAUAUACAGGCAAAAGCCAAAACCUAAGAGUGAACAUUGAUUAUAUGUCUCUGAUUGUAUUGUGCACUCACGUAGCAAUAUGUCUGGCUAAAUAUACGGGUGUCCUGUUUUCUGGUGAAAGUGGAGUGUGAUAGCUCACGCUGCUAGUAUGAUAGAACCUUUGUAGUUGUGAAGAGUUAAGACUGUUCUGUUGGUAUUUAUGUUCUUACCCAACAUCUGAUGUCAUUUAACACCUGGAUUAUAAAUUCCAGAUCCCAUUAUGUAUAAUCAAUAAAGCUGUUACUUAUUUUAUA